GGCGAGGCGACCCCCCGGGCCGCGGCGGGCGGCGGCGGCGGUGACAGGCCAGGGCAGCCGGCGGCCCCCUCGGCAGCGCGGCCCCAGCCAUGGAGCCCGCCGUGUCGCUGGCCGUGUGCGCGCUGCUCUUCCUGCUCUGGGUGCGCGUCAAGGGGCUGGAGUUCGUGCUCAUCCACCAGCGCUGGGUGUUCGUGUGCCUCUUCCUGCUGCCGCUCUCGCUCAUCUUCGACAUCUACUACUACGUGCGCGCCUGGGUGGUCUUCCGGCUGAGCAGCGCGCCGCGCCUGCACGAGCAGCGCGUGCGGGACAUCCAGAAGCAGGUGCGGGAAUGGAAGGAGCAGGGCAGCAAGACCUUCAUGUGCACGGGCCGGCCCGGCUGGCUCACCGUCUCGCUGCGCGUGGGGAAGUACAAGAAGACGCACAAAAACAUCAUGAUCAACCUGAUGGACAUUCUGGAGGUGGACACCAAGAAACAGAUCGUCCGAGUGGAGCCCUUGGUGACCAUGGGUCAGGUGACUGCCCUGCUGACCUCCAUUGGCUGGACCCUGCCUGUGCUGCCCGAGCUGGAUGACCUCACAGUGGGGGGCCUGAUCAUGGGCACUGGCAUCGAGUCAUCGUCCCACAGGUUCGGCCUGUUCCAGCACAUCUGCACGGCCUACGAGCUGGUCCUGGCAGACGGCAGCUUCGUGCGCUGCACGCCCUCAGAAAACUCCGACCUGUUCUAUGCCGUGCCCUGGUCCUGCGGCACCCUGGGCUUCCUGGUGGCCGCCGAGAUCCGCAUCAUCCCCGCCAAGAAGUACGUCCGGCUGCGGCUGGUGCCCGUGCGGGGCCUGGAGGAGAUCUGCGAGCAGUUCACGCGCGAGUCCCAGCGGCCGGAGAACCACUUCGUGGAGGGCCUGCUCUACUCCCUGGACGAGGCCGUCAUCAUGACGGGGGUCCUCACGGACGAGGUCGAGCCCAGCAAGCUGAACAGCAUUGGCAAUUACUACAAGCCCUGGUUCUUCAAGCACGUGGAGAACUACCUGAAGACCAACCGCGAGGGCCUGGAGUACAUUCCCCUGAGGCACUACUACCACCGGCACACGCGCAGCAUCUUCUGGGAGCUCCAGGACAUCAUCCCCUUCGGCAACAACCCCGUCUUCCGCUACCUCUUCGGCUGGAUGGUGCCCCCCAAGAUCUCCCUUCUGAAGCUGACCCAGGGCGAGACCCUGCGCAAGCUGUACGAGCAGCACCACGUGGUCCAGGACAUGCUGGUGCCCAUGAAGUGUCUGCAGCAGGCCCUGCACACCUUCCACAACGACAUCCACGUCUACCCCAUCUGGCUCUGCCCGUUCAUCCUGCCCAGCCAGCCAGGCCUGGUGCACCCCAAAGGAGACGAGACCGAGCUCUACGUGGACAUUGGCGCCUACGGGGAGCCGCGCGUGAAGCACUUUGAAGCCAGGUCGUGCAUGAGGCAGUUGGAGAAGUUCGUCCGCAGCGUGCACGGGUUCCAGAUGCUCUACGCCGACUGCUACAUGAACCGGGAGGAGUUCUGGGAGAUGUUUGACGGCUCCUUGUACCACAAGCUCCGGGAGCAGCUGGGCUGCCAGGACGCCUUCCCCGAGGUGUACGACAAGAUCUGCAAGGCUGCGAGGCACUGAGCCGGAGCCCCCCAAGAGACACGGAGCCGUGGGGGGCCUCCCCGGGCCCAUCUUCCCUUCACUCAGGCUUGGCCACUCCCCCAGACCCACACGUCUCCCACAUCCCUCCCAGGCUGCCCCCGGCUUUCCCGGCUGUCGGGGACCGGACACAGGAACUCGAGUCCGGCUCAUGCUCCGGGCCGCUCUGGGCGUCUCCCGCCCGCCCCCGUCUGCUGAAGGAGGGGUGUGGACGCUUGCCCGCUGAGGGCAGGGGCCUCAGAGCCCUGCCCACAACUACUCUCCGCUCAACUGACAACAGUGCACUGGACGCAGGCUCUCGUCCCCUGGCCCAGGUUUGGCUGAAACGAUGAAAGGGCCGGCCCGGAGUUGCUCGCCAUGACUUGGGUCUACCGGAGGAGCCCGCAGGGGGGAGGACAGAGGCGCCUCUGCAUGGCCGAGGCUUCAGGGGGGGCGACGGGUGGGGACGGCUUGCCGGGCCAUGCCAAAGUCCUCGCAGCCGCCCUCAGAGGCCUGCCCCCUCCUCCUCCUGCGCCCAGCGGCGCUGGGGGCCGGGACGCCCGGCGGGGUGCACCGGGCUUUCUGCUCCGAGUCCCAUCCCUGCCGUGCUGCCGCCUUACCUCUCACCCCUUCCCCUCCCCCACUCGCGCGUGUGGUGGGCGUCCACACCACGCAGGCACCACGUGAGUCGGGUCCGAGAGGGCCCCCCGGGGGCUGGAAGGAAGGCAUCAGUUGGUCUCGCGCCCCCCCCUCCCCGCCCCCUCUCCCCCUCCCCCGGCUGUAGUUCAUUUCAGUGCCUUACAAAUCCGAAGCUCAGAGAAAGUUCGCUCCCUUCCCCUUCCAAAGGGAAGGGGCCCGCCCUUCCUCUCCCCGCCUGUGAAAGCCGGGAGCUGCCCGCGCGGAGAGCUGGGGUGCCACGCGCCCCGGGUGUCAGGAAGCCCCUGCACUGCUGCCCAGGGACCGAGUCUCUCCUGAACUGCCCUUUCCCGCUGGGACUCACCGGCUGUCUCGGACCCUGGCGUGCAGUCUCACCAUCGCGGGGGCAGCCGCAGUUACCCCUCGGAGCUUGUCUGUACCUUCACAAGGCCCCCUGCCAGGACUGAGGCCAGAACCUCCCGGAGGGCCACGCGGCCUCCCCACCCUGCCGGCCGGGCCCCCGAGUCUGGGCCUGGCCCGCAGGCUGGCCUCACGCCUGGCACUCGGGUAGGGCCGGCACCCCGGCCCGUUUCCCUGGCCGCAGGGCCGGGGGGUGGUGAGACGAAACCUCAGGGUCUUGCUCCUCUCGGAUGUGGUGCGUCCCCCGGCCGUGCGCUUCCUGCUCGGGCUGACCUCAUGAUUCUGCUGUGUAGAGGAAUGGUUAGUCCCGGUGACAGGCCCAGCGCCAAGGCUCCAGCCCAAGCCGAGGAGAGGGUGGCCCUGGAUGCCAGCCUCUCCUGCCUCCGCGCCCCCCGCCCGCACGGGCCGCCCCCAGGAGCUGUGGCCUGGGCUCCGGCCUCGGCGUGCCCAGAGGCAGCUUUUCUGCGCCGUCCUGUCCCCAGCCCUGGGGGACCGAUUGUGCAGCCCCCUGCAGAGCCCCCACUUCUGGGCUGCCCGGAGGGUCCCACGGGGCAGGACAGCAGCAGGCUCUGGGUGGGGGGGGCGACCUUGGCCACUGUGGUCCCUUUCCCCAUCCCCCCCACCGGGGCCGAGGAAAAAGGCCCGAGUCCCGCUCUCCCUGCUGGGCGCCGUGCCUGCCCCCCGGAGCACUUCACGUCCCUGCGGCUGUGUGGCUGCUGCUUGUGUAAAAUAAAAGUGUGACCUGGA